AGAUUAGCGAUACGAUGUAUACAAUUUGUUACAGAUUUCUCACGUUCGACGCAAGCAUGAAACGACCGCUCUUAUUAUUAAUCUGUUCUCUAAUGGGAUUUCUCCAGUUUGUCAAACCCCUACCUCGGAACGCGACCGAUUACGAAGAUAUGUCCUAUUGGCUGAAAUCUGGUCAAGAGAAUCUUCGAAGGAUCCUAGCUCAUCGAAACAACGAGAAUCGCGCGAAAAAUAUUAUUAUUUUCAUCGGCGACGGGAUGGGAAUUUCUACGAUCACGGCAGGCCGAAUCUACAAAGGCCAAAUCAAGGGUAACACCGGGGAAGAAUAUAAAUUGGCGUUCGAAAUGUUUCCCAACACUGGAUUCGCCAAGACUUACAACACGGACAAGCAAGUUCCGGAUUCGGCUGGAACAGCUACAGCGAUAUUUUCCGGCGUCAAGUGUCGCUACAAGGUUAUCGGAUUGGACACGAGAUCCUCGUACAAUCAAUGCGACAAGCAAAUCAAUCAAGCGAGCAAAGUUACGACCGUCGCGGAUUGGGCUCAGCAAAGCGGCAUGGACACGGGAUUCGUAACCACGACUCGGGUGACCCAUGCCACCCCGGCAGGAUUGUACGCUCACGUGAAUAAUCGUGAUUGGGAAUGCGAUACCUCGAUACCGAAACAAUACAAAGAUUGCGUGAAAGAUAUAGGGAGACAAUUGGUGGAGGACGAACCGGGAAACAAGUUUCAGGUAAUCAUGGGCGGUGGAGCGCAACUUUUAGGCUUGCCGAUGGAACCGAUAGAUCCCGAUACGUGCGUCAGGGGCGAUGGGAAAAAUUUGGCGAAGUACUGGGAGGAAAAUAACCCCGACGGGAAAGUGGUGACCAACUCCGAACAACUUUUCUCCGUCGAUAUCGCCAACACGUCGAAAAUCCUUGGAAUUUUCGCUACCGACCACCUCCCCUAUCACGCCGUCAAAACCGAGGAGACCCCGAGUUUGGCCAACAUGACCGAACAAGCUAUCAAAUUGCUUCGAAAGAACGACAAUGGUUUCCUUUUAAUGGUCGAGAGCGGGAGGAUAGACAUGGCCCAUCAUCAUAAUUUCGCGAAGUUGGCGUUGCGGGAAUUAUCGGAACUCGAGGAGGCGAUAUCGACCGCUCUUCAACUGGUCAAAUUGGAAGAAACAUUGGUGCUCGUGACCGCCGAUCAUUCCCACGCGUUCACCAUUAACGGUUAUCCGAAGAGGGGGAACGAUAUCCUCGGUUUCGCCAAUGAUCCAUCGAAACCGAACGUACCGGCUUACGAGACGCUCAGUUAUAUCAACGGUCCAGGCUUCUUUUACCAUCGACGAAACGAUAGCAGCAACGUGAACGAAACGUGGAGGCCCGUCGAUCGGGAUCAGACACGCGGUGAUCCGUAUUACACUCAAAUGGCUGGUAUAUAUUUGGAGGACGAGACACACGGGGGCGAAGAUGUCGGGGUUUACGCGAUAGGUCCGUAUUCCCACUUGAUUCGCGGUACUUUUGAGCAAAAUUAUAUCGCUCACGUAGUGGCGUAUGCGGCUUGCUUCAAAGACUGGCCUUCCCAUUGUGACAACGUUUACAAUCGUUACUUCUACCAGGUGGCCAACUCGGUGAAUCGUAAUACCAAUUCAUCCAUUGUCUUGCCUCUCUUGAUGUUGUUGCUGCUUCUCUCAACGAUCGCCAAUCGUCAAUAUUGAUUCUAUACAUCGAGGAUCUACAUUCUAUAUAUAUAUAUAUAUAUAAUUGAC